CCUUAUCGCAGGAACUUCCAUCCUACCUCGUAUCGUAUCCCACACCCCCCACCACCGUAGCCUCCUGCGUCCCGUACCAUGACGCGCAGUAGCAAACGCAAGGAAGACGACGUGAGCAGGGUCCUUUCCGUCUCCGCACCCCUUCCGAAGCGAACCAAAAAGACCAAGGUGGAUCCAGAAGGACAGGCACCUCCCGCGGCCAUUCCCGAAUCCCACGCUGUCUCCGUGCCAGAGGCGAGAGCCGUUGUAGCGGUAACGGAUGCGACACAGCCUUUGAUUCCCAAGGAGUACGCCUCCAAGGCGGCCGUGGUGACGAACACGUACCCCCACGCCGAAUUCAAUCACUUCUUCUUCCAGCUCAUGGCCUUCAAGGCCGAACACUCCAACUACAAUGUUCCUAAAGACACGCACCCCGAACUCCACACGUGGCUGCAGAAUCUCAAGCGAGACUACAAGCACUACGUUGGGAACGAAACGACCUCGCCCUUGACGGAAGAACAAGCCUUCGUCCUCGAAUCUCUACACGUACCGGUCACUUCCCGAGGUGACGAGCACUGGAACCGCUUCUUCGGACUCCUCCAGCAGUAUAGAGAAGAACACGGACACGUACUCGUACCCCGGCUCUGCGAAGUCCCUGGACUCGGUGACUGGGUCACGGACCAACGAAGACAGCACAAAGCCUGGAAGCAAGGACAGAGUUCACAACUCACCAAGGAUCGCCGCGAAAAACUCGAAAGUAUCGGCUUUACCUGGCAGGUCCGCAACCGUCCCGAGUGGGAACUUCGAUACCACGAGUUACUCCAGUACAAGCAAAUUCACGGCGAUUGCAAGGUCCCCCAGCAUUACAAAGAAAACAAGGCACUCGGAAAGUGGGUUGCCAAACAACGCGAACAGUUCAAACUCAUGCGUAAGGGUCAGCACAGCUUUUUGACACCGUAUCGUUUGGAAAAACUCAACGAGGCGGCGUUUGUGUGGCAGGUGCGCACCGCCAUGGACACGGACGAUAUGAGCAAUCCGUUGACGGGGGAAGCGGCCAUGUUAUCCUCUCCCACUAUUCUGACGGAUACCCAGGACGGCAUCGCGGCCAUGUCAAUGCCGCCGAACACCAAAAACGAAAACGAAGUAUAGUCGAGUGGACCGAGACUAUUUUUCGGCAAGCGUGCAUGUGCGUUGACCAUAAGUGUGACAAAAGAAGUUGAUAGGAAAUAAUGGGUUAGUGUAUUAAAAAGAAAAACCUUUUUU